AUGGAAACCACUCCUCAAGUUUCACACCCAUUGUCAGCCAUAAACGAAGUUGGUAUUCCAAAAGAAACAGCGUUUUCAAUCAUGUUUGUUAGCGUUGGUAUGGUGUGCUUUAUCUGGCAAGCAAUGACAUCCGGAGAGAUGUUUUACAAGACUAGAAAACCAAUCGUUGGCAUAGUAUUUGUUCAGUCAACACUUGGAGUUGUGGUCACAUUUGUCACUUUAUUAACAUCGCUUGUAUAUGUUGACUGCACUUUUCGUCUUUUGUUCUCUGUAGUUGGUGUAAAUAUUGCAGACAUGUCCCUACAAUUUGUUCUGUUAUGGAAAGCAUACUUGGGCAACAAUCGAUCAAAACUAAUCUUAUUUUUAGGAUCGAUUCCUAUAUUAUCAAUUGCUGUAUUUAUUUGGAUCAAUAUGACAAUUGGAAAAUCAAAGACAUUUUUAGGUGUUGGCCUGUGCUCAACCGAAUAUCCUCUGUAUAUUGUUGUUACAAAAGCUGCCAUUGAUUGUACAGCAAACACUUUUCUGUCUGGAUGCUUUAUACUUGUUAUUUACAGACAUUACCCUAACAAUGUACUUGGUGGCAGCACACCCAUUUUAUAUACGAUUGAUUGGUACCUUGCAUCCUAUCUUAUUAUCAAGCAACUGACUCACCGAGGUCCAUCUAGCAGUAGCUCUGAUAGUGAUAGCACAGAAGAUGAUGAAAGCAUGACAAUUGACUCGGAAAGCGUUAUAAGAGACGAUGAUGAUGAAGAAGAGAUGGAUAGUCGACGAAGAGGAAGCAGAAACCGAGAUACAGUGCAUAGUUCUAUGGACGGUACAUUAGUGCCCACAUCACCGAAAUCAACAAAGUUUCCAGAAGAGACAAUGUACCCAGUGCCAACAAUACCUUAUUAUGAACCCAAAACAUUUGUACCUUCAUCCAUCACAUUUGAUCCUAAAAACUACUCAUCAAGUAUUACCGAUGUCGGGAUGGGUGACGAAGACGAAAAGACAGCAUCGGGGCAUUCUUUGCGUCGUUUUGAAACGAGCACAACCAGAAAACUUUCUAUUUCUCAAACUUUAAGUUCAUCCUAA